AUGCAAGCGGUCCAACAGAGCCUGAAAUCACUCGUCUCGUCUCUUCCCUCACGCACCGCCGACCAAUCCUUGGAUACCCUCGUCCAGGAAGCCCUCCUACAGACAAAAGCCAAAGUCAACCCCGACCACUUCAAGAACCAAUGGGAGUUUGCGCUGCGGAAAGAGAUCUUCGACUUGGCCUCUACGGAGGGCAAGGCUCUCAAGGACUCCUCGACGACAUACUACGACCAGCUCAGAGAACGGCUCGAGCUCGUGCUCGCUGCAACUGAGCAAGAGGCAUGCGAAGCCACGUUCCCCUUCAUGGUCCUCCAAGACCUCCUCGAAACGCAGACCAUCGCGUCCUGCUCGCACAUCUUCUCGUGGAUCGAGGCGCACGCCGACCGGCUCACUGUCGGGAUGGUUCCACAAAAGGGAAAGGCGCUCGUCCUCCUCCGCAUGCUCAACGACCUCCUCCGCCGGCUCUCGAACACGGGCGCGACGACGAUGUUCUGCGGGCGGAUCCUCGCGUUCCUCUCCCGCGUCUUCCCGCUCGGCGAGCGCAGCGGCGUGAACCUCCGCGGCGAGUACGGGCCCACCUGGGACGGGCCAGCGGCAACGGCGGUGGAGCGGAAGGCGGAGGAGGAGAGCAAGAUGGACGUGGACGAGAGCAAGGAGGAGCAGGCGGCCAGCGCGGCGGAGAAGAGGCGAAAGGAGAAGGAAGAGUUAUAUUUGACCUUUUGGUCACUGCAACUGCCGUUCUCCAAGCCGGCGCAUUUUGUGGACCCAAAGGCGUUCCCGGCGUUUAAGGAGGCGGUGGGCAAGGUGCUCCCGGUCAUCAAGGACGCGAACGCUAAGGAGCGGGCCCUCAUGGGCAGCAAAUCGAAAGACGCCUCCCCGAACUCGAACUUGCUGAAGCGGAAGCGCGACGCGGGCGUGAACGAGAGCGCGUCGUCGAGCGAGUACUACUUUGCAAAGUACCUCACAAGUCCGGAGCUGCUCGAUCUCGAGAUCGCGGACGCCCACUUCCGGCGACAGUUCCUCUUCCAGCUCCUCAUUCUCCUCCACUUCCUCCUCACCUACACCAAAGAGGCGAAAGUCGCCUGGGCCACCCCUCGCAACCGAUCGCUCCAUCUCGACUUCGUCAUCCAGCCCGAAGACGCCCAAUGGGUCCAGGACACUAUCACGCGGGCAACGGAAGAGCUCCGCCAGACGGCGCCGAACGGCCGCAUGUUCUCGGACACGGUCCAGGUGAUCCUGGAGCGCGAGAAGAACUGGACGCGGUGGAAGAACGAGAUGUGCACGCCUUUCGACCGGGAGCCGUGGGCGGAGGAGGUCGAGGUUGACGGGGGGAAGGCCAAGGUCGGGCUGGACGAGGCCACGGCGGGACUCCGGAAGAAGAUGCGGAUGGACCCGGACGAUUGGCCACACCGGUACGGGAGCGCGCCGCUGACGGAGAUCUGGGAGAUGGGAUACCGGGACCUGUUCGACCUCGAGCACCCGUUCCACCCGGGGGACGUCAAGGACUUUGUGCGCAAGAUCAAGCAGGACGACGCGCGCAUCAACAUGCGUAGGAAUCAGCUGCUCAAGCAGGCGGAGCGGGUCGCAGCAGCCCGGGCGAAAGCUGCCGCAGAGAAGGAAGCAGGGGCGAAGGCUGCUGCCGCUGCCGCUUCGCCAGCAGUGAACGGUGCUGCCCCGGCGGACCCAUCGGUGGCAGCGCCAGGCGCAGAGAACUCUGCACCAGCGUCAACGCCUGCGCCCGCACCAGCCCCGGCCGCGCCGAUUGUGCUCCCACCUGACUCGCAGAUCACGAAGUUGGAGGAUGUGCGCAUCGUCAUCCUCAUACUUCCCUGCAUCCCGCGCGCUGACGAUCUUUCCCAGAAUAAAACGCGCACGACGUGGCUCGCGCUCCGGACGGCCCGGGAGCAGCACCUCACGCUGUUUGGGAAGAUCGGCACCGGCGACGUGAUCUUGCUCGAGCAAGAGAUAGAGCGCGAGGAGCGCGAGAAGGCGGCCGCGGCGCAAGCAGCUGCUCAGGCGGCCACGCAAGCCCACUGUGCACAGCGAGUGUUGGUGACUGGUGGUGCAGGCUACAUCGCCUCCCACGUCAUCUUCUGCCUCCAGCAGACCCGACGGUACAAGGUCAUUUCGAUCGACAAUCACCACAACUCCUCCCCCAAAGCCCUCGAGCGCGUUGCCGAGCUCGCGCGCGAAACCCUCCCCGCCAAUGCAUCCAAGGCCGACCGUGAUAGCGCGGAAGUUGAGGCAGUCACCGCCGAUCUCACCCGCAAGGACGAAAUCCGCAAGGUGUUUGAGAAGUACGGCAAGGGUGGUAUUUGGGGUGUCAUCCACAUCGCGGCAUACAAGGCGGUCGGCGAGUCCACCGAGAUCCCCCUGACGUACUACGAGAACAAUGUCUCGGCGACGAUCUAUCUCCUCCAGGUGAUGUCCGAAUUUGACUGCACACGCAUCGUCUACUCCUCGUCCGCAACCGUCUACGGCACCCCACCCGUCAUUCCCAUCCCUGAGACGACGCGUCUAGAGGCGCACAGUCCGUACGGAAAGACGAAGGUUAUGUGCGAGACCAUCAUCCAGGAUCUCUGCGCCGCGGAGCCCAAACGCUGGCGCGGAAUCUCAUUACGUUAUUUCAACCCUGGUGGCGCGCAUCCAUCAGGACACAUUGGCGAAGCACCGAUUGGCCGCCCCGGCAACCUUUUCCCCCUCCUCGCUGCGAUCGCAGUCGGCCGCCAACCAAACGACUUGAAGGUGUUUGGCAACGACUACCCCACACCGGACGGCACGUGUGUACGCGACUACCUGCACAUCCUCGACCUCGCCAAGGGCCACCUACUCGCGCUCGACGCGCUAGUGCCGGAGAGCAAAGCGUUCGACGACUGUCCGGCCGACGCGCGUUACAAGGCAUACAACCUUGGCCGCGGGAGGGGCAUGUCCGUCAUGCAGAUCCUCGAGGCGAUGCGCAAGUGCACCGGCUUUGACUACAAGUACGAGAUCGUCGGCCGCAGGUACGGAGACGUGCCUGACCUCACCGCGGACCCUUCGCUCGCGGAGAAGCAGCUAGGGUUCAAGGCAGACCAGGAUCUCGAGACGAUGUGCCGCGAUCUGUGGAACUGGCAGACGAAGAACCCCAAGGGGUACGAGUAA